GUAAUUCCGGGAGGCUGGGGGUGGUUCGCUGCCCCCCGCUUUGCGAGUCUCCCACCCCCUCUCGGACUGUCGGGGCGGGGGAGGGGCUCCUGUCGCCGGCCCGAGGAGGGGGAGGAGAAGGAGGAAGAGUAGCGUCUGCGGCUCCGUAGAGAAGUCGGUCCUUCUUACGACAGACACUACUAACGGGAAGACGUAGCACUGCUUCAUCUGUCUUCACGUAUCUCCUUCCCCUGGUGGGCUUUGGUAUAAAUGGAAGAGGAAUUUCAGCAGGCUCGAGCUAACCAACGUUUCUGUGUAAAUACACAACGUGCUUCCUCCUACGUUUUCUCUUGCAGAUGGGGCUCAGCUGAACAAGCUCUCCUCUUGAAUCCCGUCGUAAGCACCACCAUGCGGGAACCGGGCUAGACCUACUAGAGGCUGCAGCAAGAGCCUGGGCGGCCUUAAGCAGAAGCCAUGAGUUCUGUCCUCUUCUCUGGGAUGAUUUAAAGAUAAAAUAAGCUGCUUUGUUAACAACCGCAUCAGCCUAUCUGCCUCCUGCACUGUGCCAAUGCUUGUUCAACUGUGUAAUUAUGGAAACUGAUAGCAUGUGGCACAAGAAACAGCAAGAGAAGCACAGGCACCUAUAAAGGCCAGCUGAUUUCUUUGGGCUGCCAGUGGACAGAAGAGUUCUACUAUCACAUGGCCUCAGAGAGAACCUAGAGUGAACCCAUGCUUCUUUGCAGAGAACACACAUAUGGUUUAUUAGUCAUGAAACGAAUUCUUCUGUUUUUUAUCCUGGCUGCUGCUGUUAUGUAUGGUAUCCUGCAUGGAAAUCUGUGGAGAAAUAACUUCUACUGGAUUAGCUUUUAUGGACAGACUUCCUCUGUGAGGGCUUCUCCUUCCUAUGUGACUAGUGGAUUUACAAUCAGUUACAAUCAGCUGCCACCUACAGCUGUAGAGAGGAGGAAUGCAUUGGACACUUGUCUUCUGAAACCAGCAUUUGAAUCUUUAUUGGGUGUUGACAAAAUAUACCCAUUCCUGUGCGCUAAUGAUUUUAUCAGAGUGGCAGAGUUCCAAGGGAGCAAUAAGUUUGAACUACCUUAUGGAAUAAAGAGAGCAGAGCAAUUUUUUCGUUUAGCCCUUUCAAGAUUGCAGAACUGUGGCCUUUCCAGUGAAGAAGACAGCAUUCCCUGUCGACGGUGCAUUGUGGUUGGUAAUGGAGGAGUACUUCGAAAUAAGACAUUAGGGGAGAAAAUUGACUCGUAUGAUAUCAUAAUAAGAAUGAAUAAUGGCCCUGUGAUAGGGUACGAAGAGGAUGUUGGGAGGAGGACAACUUUUCGCCUUUCUUACCCAGAAUCUAUCUUCUCAGAUCCCAUCCACUAUGACCCUAAUACCACUAUUGUUCUCAUCGUCUUCAAACCGCGGGACUUGAAGUGGCUUUGGGAGAUACUUGGUGGUCAGAAAAUAAGUGUGAAGGGCUUCUGGAAGAAACCAGCUCUGAAUAUGAUCUACAAAUCGAGUCAAAUCAGGAUUCUUGAUCCCAGCAUCACCAGGAAAGCUGCUUAUGAGUGGCUUCAUUUCCCAACAAGGUUUCCUAAGAAGGAGAAACCCAAGCAUCCAACAACAGGGCUAAUUGCCAUUACACUGGCAUUUCACAUAUGCCAUGAAGUCCAUCUGGCAGGCUUCAAGUAUGACUUCACUAACAGAAAUAGCUCUUUGCACUACUAUGGCAAUGAAACCAUGUCUCAGAUGAUGCAGAAUGAAUACCACAACAUCACCGCCGAGCAGAAAUUUUUGAAGAAGCUUAUAGACAAGAACUUUGUGAUCAAUUUGACGUGAAAGCUGAAUGGAAAAUACAAAGAACAAUCACUAUUUUCAAGAUUUGAAAAAUGUUUAUUUUUUGUAUGACAUUUUUAUUUUUUAAGUGCAACAUAACUGUUUACUGUUUAAAGGAGCCCAGAAACCUCAUCAAGGCAAAAGCUUUUAACUGAGGGUAAUGGACUGUUGCAAACAAAGUUAACUGAAUUUCUGUGAAGCUAUUUAAUAGUGGGGAAACCAUGAAACUUUCAACUGAAAGUAUCAGGGAUAUAUAAAAAUGUGAUGUACAUCACUUUCCAAAUGAUUAAUUCUCUGGAAUACUUUUGUUUCUGAUGUUGUCCUCCAAAAGAGUUCCACUGUCAAGAGACUGAGAUGACCGGUGUUCAUUCAGUAGGUGGACAUAAAGUCAUGACUAUCUUGUCUUCUUGUAUGAAAAUUGCUUUAAAACUAUGCAUCUAAAUCAUUAGUGUGUGUUUUGGAGAAGGGGGAACAUACAGACUGUACAGGUUUUGUUCUGCCAUACUCCUGAGGAGAGGAUGUCCACCUUCAGCCGAGCAGCCACAGCUUCUGCACUGACCAUCAACUCUCGGCUUCUGUCUGCCUCUGCCGAAGGUGAAGACCCUUUGUCUGAUUUGUGGAGAUGUUGGUGUUGACAAUGUUGUACACAUUUUAUAGAAUAAUAAUACUCCCUGUGCUGUGCAUCCAGUAAAUUUUACAGUUGCUGACUUGACUUAAAAAAGAGGGAAUAUGAAGACUGAAGAGCUGUCCGAACUACCUGUGUCAGCCCCCAUAGCACAAUAGAAACAAAAGAUUGGACAAACAUGUUUAUGCCUGAGUUUAGAGUCAAUGUUUGUUGGAGUCCUAGUUCUCCAGGACAGCAUCUCAUGCAUUUUUUUGUUUGUUUCCUCAAAAACAGGUGGAUUUUUCCAAAUGAGGACAAUCUCCUUCCUCAGAUGUUGUAAUACAUCAAUACAAACAAGGAAUACUCCCAUUUUUGGCAUUAGAGUGUGGUAGGGAAUAUCCAGGAUGUACUUUGGCUGAAUUAUCAUUUGGCAUCUGUUUACCUCUUCUGUGUUGACAUUUAAGUUUGAAGUGUGUGGAUGAACUAAGUCAUUUAGCAGUGGGAACUUGCUCAAGAUUUUAGUUGAAACAUUUAAUGGGAAGUCUAUAUUUCCUGUAUUGGUUUGUCUCUGACAAGCCUGUGAAUAAAUGAAAUCUGCUUGGGAAAAAGCUUGACAGCUGUCAAAGAGCAACCAUGUGCAGUUCCAGUUCUCUCACAGGACAUCUAUAUAAAAUUUUUAUUUUAAUUAUGGCAGAAUUUCUGGAUGAUUUUGUGGUUAUCUUUAUUAAUCAAACCUGAAGAAAAGGCAAAUAAGUCCACUUAAAAAAGUCUUUGAAGUUGGUAGGAAUACCAUGGUUGCUUUUCUAUAAAAUUAUAUAGAGAGGACAUUUAGGAGUAAUGCAUACAAUCACAAUAUGAACAUAAACCAGGGUAUUUGUUAUUUUCAGAAAGUGAGGAUUGCAAGACUGCUGAACACAAUUUGUUUUGCUGCAGCUAUGUAGAAGAAUUGCCAUUUGGGAAUUAGGGGGAAGGCAGUGUGGUUUGGAGAGGUGCCACAGCUGAAGGGAAGGAGGCUUGUGUUUUCACCCAGUGAUUCCUGAGCUUUGGUCUGUUUCAAGCAAGCUGGACAUACCUGAAAUAACUUGAGAUGUCAGAAAAAUCUGUGGCAUGAGCUGGGGAAGGAUGCAGGUGUGUCCCAGCAAGGGACAGUGUGUGCCAUGGUGUCUUGUCUGCUGCAUGUUGCUUGGCUGCAGCUGUACUCCAGCUGUGUGCAGGGUGGCAGGUCGGGGUGUGGAGGAGAGGGGAUCAUGUCCCCAGGUGACACUGGUGGUAGAAAUGGAGGAAAUCAUCAGGUCUUCACCAACUGGCAGAAGGGCUCUUAAUUUUUUGUAUUUCCUUUACUUUUUCCUGAGACUUUGUAGAGAUUUUAGCUUGAAAAUCUCAAUACAAACACGUGGGGUUUCACUCAAGAAAAUAGUGACAUUAUUGCCUUUGUGUCUCUAACAGCAUUCAUUUCUCCUGGUUAUUUCAGUUAAUUAAAAAGGUUUGUAUGUGAUUCUGCAGCCCCAGACCUACAGUGAUUUAAACUCCGGACAGUAGUAAUUCCACUGCAAAAGCUGCUGUGGCAAGGCUUUUUGCAGACAUAGCAGUGUUCUCCAAGCUGUUGUUGCAUAGAAGCCCCUGGGAGAUCUUAGAAUGUGUUGAGAGCCAAGGCCAGCAGAAGUGGGGGGCUGCUCCUUCACCCUCAAAACCUGUGGUUGCUUCCAGAGCUGGAGCCCCCUGCUCUCCCAAUGGCUGUUGCCACAUUUCAGCUGCAUCCAUGUAACAUCUUGCAGGAAGCUGUCCAGGAGGGUAUUUUUCCAGGAAUUGUUGAAUAUGUUCUGGACACUGUGAGGAGAGUUUUUGUGAUGGUGCAGACUGCAUCCCUCUGCUUCUCCACCCCUGUCUCCAGUUCCAGGAAGUGGGUAGGGAGCUCUGCUUUUGAAGAUGUGGUUAUUUUCUCUGCUUUAUUUCAUCUCCAGAGAUAGUCUUCCCACUAAUCUCAACUGAUUCCUUCUCCAAUUUUUCUAGUAGGUUUUCUGCUUUUUUUGGGAGGAUGGGAUUUGGAUUCUAGCUGUAGCAGAUCAAAAUAAUUGGAAAAAAAUAGAAGCCUCAUGACAAACAAAUGGUGUCUCCCAAAAUCUUUGUACUUAAAAAAAAAAUUCCUUUAGUCUUUUCCACUUUUGCCACAUCAGCUUUUUGAUCUCCCUAAAAUAUUUUUUUAAAUAAUGUGUGGUGUUCUCAAUGAAUUUAAUAUGUUCUCUACAAGCAUUUAUCCAUAUCAGCUGUUUCUUUUCAUAUCCUAAUAAGCCUUCCCAUGGUAUGGCUGACUUAUUUUUCAAAUUAAGCGGUAUUUUGAGGGAUAUUUUUCUACCACUUCUGUGCUCCUGCCAGGGGUGUUGAGUCCACUGCAGUUUUUGUCCCUGGGUGACUGGGUAACAUUUUGAAUGAAACUGUUCCCUCAGGAUCAAGCCAAGAGCUGAUGCUGCUGAUGAACUAUCAGGCAUUUGUGGUGGGGUUUUUUUGUUGUUGUUGGGUUUUUUGUUUGUUUGGGUUUUUUGUUCUCUUUUUUUUUUUUUUUGAAAGCCCUGCAGGCCAGUAGCUUUUUUCUCUUCUAUUAUAAGCAGUGAGCCAAGUCAUGAAUUUUUCUCCCCACAAGUUGUAGGAUCCUGUGUACACCAGCCCUGUUCCAGCACCUGCUUCACGUACAGCAUUCCUGCUGCUCUGCCUCAAGGACAGAGGCAGAAACACCCAUAUGUAGUGUGUUUCUCAGCAGUGAUCACAAAUUAGUGUCUCUUCUGUCUGGGCACACAUUUUCAGAGGUGUUUUGCAGUACCAAAGACUUGGGGCUUUUAGAAUAAAACAAUAAUGCUAACAUCAAAUACUUAGAUAGUUUCUGGGCCUGAGCUGCUAUUAGGACUUUUUUUACCUUUUUGCUGUUUUUGAAAAUGAAAUCUGCACUGAAACUUCCCGUUAAAAGCUAUCUGGUUUUUUUUUUUUUCAAUCAUAUCGGGAGUGAAGCUGCCAGUUUUGAAUCCCAGGGUGCUGCCAGCUUUAUUUAUGUGUCUGAUAAUGGUGUAAUUGUGUAGGUCCCCAGUGUCUCCCAUCAUUUUUCUAGCUGAAGUAAGAUGUUCUCCUCCCUUCUUAUUCUGUUCAUGUUCUCUGGCAGCUUGCUGAAUUUACAGCAAAGGUCCUUCUGCAUUUUAUCUGCCAGCCAUCUCAAAAUGCUGCACUGUCAGAUAGUCACAGCUCUAAGAUACCAAACUAUGCACAAAACAGGCAGGAUGACAUGUGUUGGCUGAAAGCUCUGUUUGGCUCAGACUUUCUGGAGGUUUCUUUGUUGGGAAACUCUUAUUUCCUCUGCUGUAAUAAUUAAGGGAAGUCGCAGACUAUUGCACUAAAUAUGAAUCUGAGUGUGUAGGAGAUGUUCCUAAAUGUAUUCCAGAUAUUUCCAGUGACUAUAUAGGUGAUAAUAAUACAGAAUCACAACUUUGAUGUUUAAUUAGCAUGUGGUACUUCUUGUUUCCAAUGCCAUGCUUUCCUUUUUAGCAAUGCUCUGGGGGAAGAGUAUAAAUACCUUCACUUUUAAGUGGACUCUGAUUUUUAAGAACAUAUAAAGCUCAGCAUAUGUUUUUGGUAUUGGGAAAUACUUAUUUUAUUUGCUAUUUGUCUUAAGUUUUAUAUGUCUUUGAAAUGCCACCUGUAUUUUGAAGAAUUCUUCGAGUUGUUUCAAAUGAAAUUUUGAAUGCUACAUAUAGAAGGAGAUUAUUUUCCUGUGAAUAAACUGUUAAAGACAGUGACCUCAGA